AUGGAACACUACCAAGAUGAAUCUCAUGACUUGAUGGAUCUAAGUGGGCAUGGGUUUACCUACAUUGGAACUGGAAUUUGCGAAUAUAAUCACGUGACAAAAAUUCGUCUCGAUGACAACAAGUUGACGACAUUUCCUGACAUAAAAAGUCUGACACAGUUGGAAGAGCUCAGCGUUUCUGGGAAUGAAUUGAAAGAGAUUCCUAUGUGUGUAUAUGAAUUAGUCAAUCUAGUUCUACUUAACCUCAAUGAUAAUAACAUCAAGAGUAUGUCAUCAAAGAUCGGGAAACUUUCUCAGUUGAAAUGUUUACAGAUGAAGGGAAAUGAUCUUAGUUCAGUUCCAGACGAAAUAAGUGAGCUGUUAUCUUUGCAGAGUUUAGAACUCUCCAAUAACAGCAUGUUACAAGUACCAACAUCUUUGGGGAAUCUCAAGGAAUUGAAAGUAUUGGAUUUACAAGACAACAAUAUUCGUGUUUUACCAAGACAGUUGAAGGACAUUGAACUAUUGGAGGAUCUCCUCGUCAAGAACAACCCUAUUGAAGACCCCCCUCCAGACAGAUGUUCUGGCGUUGAAGAAUUUAGGCGAUAUUGGGAACUUGUAGAAAUAUUAGAGAAAUACAAAGAUACCACUUGUAUUGAGAUUGACCUAAGGGAUAAGGGCCUGACCUAUAUUCCUGCUACAAUUGGGCAAUACGGACAUAUAAAGAAGAUAAGGCUAAGUGGUAAUAAUUUGUCUACAUUGCCAGAUGAAGUGAAAGACAUGGAGCAACUACAAGAAAUUGACUUAUCUUGUAAUAAGUUAGUUCAUUUUCCGCCAUCUUUGAUGAAAUUGACCAGACUUAGUGUGCUGGAUCUAAGUGAAAAUGCAAUGACGUCAUUACCAAAUGAAAUAUGCAGUCUUAGUCAUUUACAAAAGUUAAAUAUAUCGGGAAAUAAUAUCGGGGUGCUUCCACUUGCAAUGGGUGAGAUGACCGAACUGACGUCACUUGAAAUGAGAAGGAUUGGAAUAGAAUUCCUUCCACCUGAACUCGGGAACGUUUCCAACUUAGAAGUGCUGGAUUUAACAGGAAAUCACAUCACGUCAAUCCCGCGUGAGUUGAAAAAGUUAUCGAAGUUAAAAGAAUUGAUAAUUGAUGGCAACUCAAUUACAGAACCACCAAUGGAUAAAUGUGGCAGUGUUGCGGAUUUUAGGCAAUAUUGGCAAAUUAUAGAAAUGUUAGAAGAGUACCAAGACGAAUCCCGUGUAGAGAUGAACUUCACUGGUCGACGUCUAUUCUAUCUGCCUAAUUGUAUUGGAGACUAUAAGCAUAUAAAGAAACUGCGACUUAGUGGGAACGAGCUGACGACAUUACCAGAUGAAAUGAAAUACAUGAGUGAGGAGCUUGACGAAUUGGACCUAUCAUGUAAUAAAUUAGAUGAGAUUCCACGCUGCGUACUUCAGCUAACUAACCUAACUUAUCUAAACCUGAAUGGCAAUGUCAUACACAACAUAUCCCCGGAUAUCAAACGCCUACGUAAGUUACAAACACUAGACUUAAAUGGCAACAAAGUUAUGCGCCUAAUUAGAGAGUUGGCUGAACUACCAAUACUGGAGACGCUACAAGUUGGCGGUAACCCAAUCGAAGAACCUCCUUUGACUAUAUGUGAGAAAGGUGUCCCAGAAUUCAAACAAUACUGGCAAAUAAUAGGAAUGCUGGAGAAAUACAAGGACACCUCACUGGACGAAAUGAAUCUUAGCGGUAAUGGAUUUAUCUGCCUCCCUGCUUCAGUUGGAGAGUAUAGACAUAUCAAGAAGAUAAUUCUCGGAGGCAAUAAACUGUCGGAGUUACCAGAAACGAUCUCAGAACUGACACAGUUAGAAAUUCUUGACUUGUCUCACAAUAAAUUAAAAGAAAUUCCCUCUUCUUUGUUUGAUCUGUCGAACCUGAGUCAUCUUGACAUACGUGGAAACCAAAUAUCCCUUAUUCCCCCAAAUAUCGGGUCACUACAAAGAUUGGAGACACUGGACGUAAGUGAAAACUGUCUCAGUACCCUACCACGUGAAAUAAAGGAUCUGACUAAUUUGAAGAUUCUUGAUAUAGGUGGCAAUGAUAUAAAGUGUCCGCCAAUGGAUAUAUGUAGUAAAGGCGUUGAUGCGUUCAAAAGAUAUUGGCAAAUAAUAGAAUUGAUGGAGAAGAGCAAAAACAAAGAUAACAAGGAGAUGGAUCUUAACAACCAGAAUUUGGAAUAUCUUCCAUGUAUUAUCAGUGAAUAUGGACAUAUCAAGAAGUUAAAUUUACAGAAUAACCGUUUGUCUGAUUUACCCGACGAGAUGAGAAACCUAACACAGCUUGAAGUACUAGAUGUAUCCGGAAAUAAAUUAGAAAAUAUUCCACCGUCCUUAUACAAGCUCACAAAUUUACAACAUCUCAUCUUAAGCGGGACUAGAAUAUCCAUCGUUGACUCAAAUAUUUGCAAUCUAACAAAGCUUGAAUUACUCGAUGUAAAAGGCAAUGUAAUCACUAAGUUGCCACCAGAAUUAGGAGCUCUAGACAAAUUAGAAGUGCUUGAUCUACAGGACAAUGAUAUUCACAACCUUCCUCGCGAGUUAACUUCCCUAAAGAAAUUGACGAAACUCUGUGUUGAAAGAAAUCCAAUCGAAGAGCCCCCGUAUGACAUAUGUUGUAAAGGUUUUAAAGCAUUCAAUCAUUAUUGGGACAUCAUUGGUAUGAUGGAGAAAAAUGGUGAAUCCUGUGAAGAGAUGGAUCUCAGUUCCAAACAAUUAGUUUACAUCCCAUCCAUGAUUAGUCAGUACACACACCUCAAGAAACUAAAUCUACAUAACAACUAUUUGUCAGCUUUACCAGAGGAAGUCGGAAAACUUACGGAUUUAGAAGAACUUAAUUUGUCAAGAAAUAAAUUUCCAGAGUUACCAUCAAUUAUUUUGAAUCUCAGUAAGCUCAGUAUGCUUGAUGUCAGUGACAAUCAAUUGUCAGUGGUUUCGUCAGAUAUUGGGAAUAUAAAGGAGGUUGAUCUUUCACAUAAUAGUAUCAGCAUUAUUACAAAUGAAACCAAUCACUCAUACAAACUUACUAAGUUAGAUGUCAGUAAGAAUAGAUUGACUUCAUUUAGAGAAAAUGUCGGCAUGUUUGAGAAACUGCAGCAACUGAAUAUUUCUAUCAAUGAGAUAAAAUCUAUUGACGGUAUUCAUCAACUAUGUAUGUUAACAUACCUCAAUAUUGAGAACAAUCCGAUAAAGCAAAUUCCACAGGAAAUAUCUAAACUCAAAACGCUUACGGUUUUGAAGGCCAGCAACAAUUAUCUGACAGCAUUACCAUCAUCCAUUGCCCAUUUGGUUGAAUUGCUCGACGUAGAUCUCAGUCAUAAUGAAGUAACUAGAAUUCCGAAAGAAAUUGAGUCACUUGAGAAGCUGACAACAUUGAAUUUAUGUUCCAAUAAAUUAGAGUCGUUACCACGAGAGUUAGGACAACUGCCAGCCUUGAAAGAUAUAAGGUUGGAUGGUAACCCUGAUUACAUUGGCGAUGUACCAUCAGCAAUAUAUUUGCACGGUAUAGACAAGAUAAAAAGAUACUGGCGUGAUAUAGAUACCGAGAAUUCUAAAGAAGAACGUAGCAUUUCACUAGAUCAUAAAACCAAG